UACAAAUUCAACAAUGAAUAUAAGAUUGGUCUCCUGACAUAUAAAGAUAUAAUAUAAUAAUGGAAUGUUUUAUAACUCUCCUCUUCUUCAACUUUGUUCUCCAUGUAACUCUUCGGAUCGUCCCGUGAUAGACGAGAGAGAGUUGAUGUUCACUCUGCUAAUCGACUUUGACGAUGCAUUCAACCAAGAAAAUAAUAAUGUUUUCCAGAUUAUUUCAAAUUCUAUUGAAAGACAAUCUAGGAUACACAUCCCAGGUCGACAAACAUCUGAUAUUUUAGCCUUCAGGGAUGGUAGCACCAUUGUUGACUUUGAAAUUACGGCAAAUAUGACAAUUCAAGACUCAGAUGUUGAUGCACUUAUAGGAGGAAUAUUCAGUGAUCUAAAGGAUACUUUUCCUGUAAGGAUUGUCAGCCCCAUUGACUUAAAAGUUGAGCCACCUGAGAUAUUUUUCAAUGACACUGUGACUCUGACAUGUGGCCCACCACCGCCAAAUCUCGAGUUUACCAUCACUUCGUCCGUGUGGACACUUGAUGGUGAUGUAAUAAUUGAAGAUGAGCGACACAGAUUUGAACGAGUCGAUGGAUUGGAAACGCUUACGAUCACAAAUUACUUUAGCACUGACGAAGGACGCUAUCAAUGUCAGCUUUUUGAUGGGCAAUCAAUUUUUGUGCAAGACUCUAAUCAAAUAUUCAGUUUAUUGGAAACACCCACAAUCCAGGUAAUUCCCCGCCAAAAUACAAUCUUGUGUGAGGUUGGGCAGCAAGUGGCAGUGCGGUGCUCCGUCCAGAACCCCUACCAGGUGCAGUUUCCACAAAUCCCAGAUUCAGAUACAGGCAGUGAAAUCCAAAGUCAGGUUACAAUCACACAGGAAGACUGCGAUAACCAAGAAUUAAUCGUCACUUGUCAAGAGAUUAACUUUACUCGAUUCGAACGGAACGUAUCAUUGUUGUUGGUCAGAAAUGGUACAUUCACUUGUGUUAAUGAUCCCGAAUUUGGAGAUGGAUUUUUAAAUCAAGUGGGUAGAGCUUCUUGUGAACUAAAUGAGGUGGGAGAGAUAACUGCCAUUUGCAGAGAAAGUGGACAAUGGGAAGAUCGAGAAAACGAAUGCAUUCUUCAGAGAAUCGCGCAACUACUCAUUGAAUCUCAGUUUUUAGAAGAAAAUACUUUGCCAGAGUUCCUGGAUGACCUCAGCGAUACCACCAUUGAACUGAGUGAUCCAGUGACCGAAAAUCCUAACAACAUUGAGGCCAUUGUUACAAUUCUCAACAAUGUAGGCAACUUUGUAACAGAAAUGGAUGUUGAGAUAAGUCAAGUGUCUAUGGAGGAUGUCCUUUUAACUACAGGUGUCCUUACCACAGAUCAGGCAAUAGAUGCAUGGAACAGUCUUAACCUUGAAGCUGUCACAGAGCCUGUAGUACCAAGAAACGUCACUCCUCCCAGAAAUGAAAGUUUCAGCUCGUUGUUGUUAUUUUCUCUUGAGGAUAUCACAAGGAGACUUACUAAUGCCUCUUUUAACAUCACAACACCUUUGAUUCUCUUAAACAAAACUACAUUCAUCAACAAUUUCAACGGGGAUUUUAAUUCAACAGUGGAGAUAGACAUAGAAGGGUCCAAUGGAGCAACAAACCUCACCGUGAUAACUUUUGAAUCCUUGAAUAACGUACUACCUCCAAGAGAUGAGAACAACGCUACAGGCAGGGUCAUCAAUGGGAGAGUUGUACUUGUUCAGUCUGACACCAACGUCAACAAUAUCACGUUCACGUUUGACAUUAUAAACGAUAAUCUGGGAAACCCUCAGUGUGUCUUCUGGAACUUUUCCCUCUUCGAUGGUCUCGGAGGAUGGGAUGAUGAAGGCUGCGAGCUCGUUGAAAGAGUGGAUCAAACAGUCACGUGUCGAUGUGACCACCUGACGUCCUUUUCGAUGCUAAUGUCACCUUUUUUUCCAAAUAGUCGAAUUUUGAGUUUUAUAACCUUCAUUGGGGUUGGGAUUUCCAUGGCGUCCCUAGUUAUAUGCCUCCUCAUUGAGGGCUACAUGUUUACUAGGCGUAGAGUUCGAGAAGACGACAUCAGACUGUUGCGCAACAUUUCCAUUAUGAACAUUGCACUGUCUCUACUGAUUGCAAACGUUUGGUUCAUUAUCGGUUCAAGUAUCACUGAGGAUGAAGGAAGUAAUCGGCCCGCAUGCACCGCUGCUACCUUUUUUAUCCAUUUCUUCUACUUAGCCCUCUUUUUCUGGAUGUUGAAUUUUGCUAUGUUGCUGCUCUAUAACAUGUUCAAUCUUUUUGGUGGAGUACUGUCUAAAAGAGCCCAGUUGAUCAUUGGAUUCUCUCUCGGCUAUGGAACGCCACUGCUUAUUGCAAGCAUUACUAUAGCUGUAACUGCCCCAAACAAUACUUAUGUUCAAGAAACUGCUGUCUGCUGGCUCAAUUGGAAUCAGUCAAAAGCACUGCUGGCAUUUGUGAUCCCGGCACUCAUCAUUGUGUUCAUAAACAUUCUAAUUCUAAUUGUGGUGAUUAUUAAAUUAAUCCAGAGUAGACGGAUGCAAAUCUCUGUCAAAGACAAUGCGAAGAAUGCUCUGGGCUCAAUUGCUCGGACCUUGGCCAUCCUCACACCGUUCUUUGGAAUAACUUGGAGCCUUGGAGUGGGAACCCUAGUUAACCCAAGAAAUUUUGGAAUCCACGUUGCCUUCGCCUUCUUCAAUUCUCUGCAGGGUUUCUUUGUAUUGGUAUUUGGAACGCUCCUUGACAGAACGGUGCGGGACGAAAUUGCAAAACCGUUUUCAAGACUCUCUCAAUCUUCUUCUGGAAGUGGGACAAGGGUCACCUCUUCUGGAGCCUCAUCAAGUAUAUUCCAGGUUUUCAAGAACAUUGGUAGAGGAGGUGGUAACGAAACCAGUACCAGUGCAUCAUCUCAAGCUAACUGAUCUUGAUGACCACUGCAUGUAUCUCUGCUCAGGUUGACCAAGACACAAACGGUCUCCAAAUACUGUUUGAUUACUGAAAAAUAAUCUCAUUCUAAUGCUAAAGAAUAAAAAGAAUUAAAAUCUCAA